UAAAGGACUGAAAAUACAGUUUUUCCUUCUGAUGACAGGUAAACAGGAGUAAAUGUCAAUGGGAGGAGGAAACCAAACUUAUGUAGCUGAAUUUAUUCUUCUCGGACUCUCAGAAAAUCCUAAAAUCCAAAUCUUAUUAUUCUGUAUUUUCCUGAUCAUCUACCUCCUUUCUGUAUUUGGAAACCUGCUGAUCAUAAUCCUUAUCCAAAUUGACUCUCGACUUCAUACUCCCAUGUACUUUUUCCUCCAAAACUUAUCCUUUGCUGACCUCUGCUUCUCUACCAGCAUCGUACCCCAGAUGUUGGUCCACUUCCUUUCAAAAAUGAAAACGAUUUCCUUUAUUGGAUGUUCAAUACAGAUAGUGGUCUUUCUCCUAGCAGGAUGUACAGAGUGUGCUCUGCUGGCAGUGAUGUCCUAUGACCGGUAUGUAGCUGUCUGCAAGCCUCUGCACUAUUCCACCAUCAUGACUCAGAGGGUCUGUGUCCAGUUAGCUGUAGUUUCCUGGAUAAGUGGGGCAUUUGCAUGUUCGGUGGACAGUGCAUUUACACUGCGCAUCCCGUAUCAGGGACAGAAUGUAAUUAAUCACUACUUCUGUGAGCCACCUGCCCUUCUAAAGCUGGCUUCAGCUGACACUUACAAUGCUGAAAUGGCUCUGUUUUUAGUAGGAGUUAUUAUCCUAUUAGUUCCUGUCUCACUCAUCCUUGUUUCAUACUGGAACAUCAUCUCCACUGUGAUCCGGAUGCAGUCUGGAGAGGGAAGGCUCAAAGUCUUUUCUACCUGUGGUUCCCACCUCACUGUUGUGAUCCUCUAUUAUGGCUCUGGAAUAUUUGCCUACAUGAGACCCAACUCCAAGACAAUGAGUGAAAAGGAUAAGGUUAUUUCCGUGUUCUAUUCAGUUAUGACUUCCAUGUUGAACCCAAUCAUUUAUAGCCUUAGAAACAAAGAUGUAAAAGGGGCUCUAGGAAAACUGGUUGGAUGACUAGGCAUAAUCAAAGCUGGAGAUGCAGACAUAUAAAAGGUAUUUGGUACCUUGCAGCAGACAAAGGGAUUCUAUCAUCUGCAUCCUUUCUUUUCUUGCUUUCUUUUAUCACACUUCACAACAUGAGGAAAUCACUUUCCUUCCCUUUGCCUCCAUUGAAUGACUUUGGAAUCUACUAGCAAGUUGUCACAAAUAUAGGGAUAACAAUUUUAUACAUUCAAUA